AUGUCUUCUCCCGGUAUUCUACAUGCUUACAAACCAGGACAAGUGGCUUUUGAACUUAGUCCCACAUCAUUGAGCAAAGUGGUUAUUUUCAUUGGAGGCUUGAGCAAUGGGCUUUUUGGUGUCUCGUACAUCCACAAUGUGGCCAAAGAAUUGGGACCUUUAGGAUGGUCUGUGCUACAGAUCCAGAUGACUAGCAGUGGAAAGGGAUGGGGGCUGUCCUCUCUCGACAAAGACAUCGAGGAGCUUAAAGCUCUCGUAGACUACUUGAGAAGUCCUUCUGGAGGAGCCAGAGAUAAAAUCCUACUGUUUGGUCAUUCAACUGGCUCCCAGGACACCAUACACUUUCUUUUGAACCACGGUAGUUCAGUUGAAGGUGGAAUCAUGCAAGGACCGGUUUCUGACAGAGAAGGCUUUGGCCAGUUUGUAGAAAAACAAAAGUGGGACAGACUCAACGCCAAAGCCAAAGAAUUGGUCGAUAAUGGACAUAAGAAUGACAUUUUGCCAACGGAAUAUGCAGAAGUCAUGGAUAACACCGCAAUCACUGCGUACAGAUGGUGUUCGUUGACACUCCCUGGUGGAGACGAUGACUAUUUUUCGUCUGAUCUAUCAGAAGAGCAUUUCAAGACAACGUUCGGCAGGAUUCAAAAACCCUUUUUGAUGGCUUACUCCGAAUUCGAUCAAUUCGUGCCGGAAUUCGUCAAUAAACCACAAUUGUUGCAAAAAUGGGCCACCAGCAGCAACCCGAUGUACUAUUCCAAACACUCGGGGAUCAUCAAGGGUGCUAGUCAUGAAGUUGCUCAAGAAGAUUCGAGAUCUCACUUGUGUGAAAUGGUGAAGAAUUUCUUGAAAGAGUUCGACCUCUAG